ACUGACUGUGCAGUAGCGCACGAGGAAGGUCCGCUCUUCUCUAACUCAAACACACUCAACUCAUCUGAGUAACACCAACACUGAUCAGGUACUGGCAGAUUGAGCUUUGCUGACAUGGAGGGAAAUCACAGUGCAGAACAGACAGGCGGACAUGUUUACGAGGUCGCGAUGCAGAACAGCUCCACCAACCUCAGCUCCCAGUUUGCAGAUGUGGCUCUGCUGCAGACGUUCAAGCCCCUCAUCAUCCCCUGCUACGUGCUCGUGGUGGUUGUGGGUGUCUUUGGGAAUUAUCUGCUCCUGUAUGUCAUCUGCCGAACCCGCAAGAUGCACAAUGUCACCAACUUCUUCAUCGGGAACCUGGCCUUCUCUGACAUGCUCAUGUGUGUCACCUGCGUCCCCUUCACUCUGGCCUACGCCUUUAACCCCCACGGCUGGGUCUUCGGAGGCCCCAUGUGUUACCUGGUGUUCCUCAUCCAGCCGGUCACAGUCUACGUGUCAGUCUUCACGCUCACUGCUAUUGCUGUGGACAGAUAUUAUGCAACAGUUCAUCCCCUGAAGAAGCGUACCUCUGUGGCGACCUGCGCCUGCGUCCUGACCGGCAUCUGGCUGCUGUCCUGCAGCCUGGUGACCCCCGCCAUCACACACACAUACCAUGUGGAGUUCAAAGAGGAAGGCUUCACCAUCUGUGAGGAAUUCUGGUUGGAGAAAGAGAAAGAGAGACGUGCCUAUGCAUACAGCACCCUGCUGGUCACGUACGUCCUGCCGCUUUCUGCUGUCUUUGUGUCUUACCUCUGUAUCACUGUCAAACUGAAGAAGUGUGUCGCUCCUGGCCACCGAACACCAAACCAGACGGGAGCUCAACAGGCUCGCAAGAGGAAGAUCUUCCGCCUGGUUGCCCUCCUGGUGACGGCCUUUGCAGUGUGUUGGCUUCCCAUUCAUGUGUUCAAUGUGCUGCGAGACAUAGACAUCCACCUCAUUAACAAGCGCUACUUUUUACUCAUCCAACUGCUGUGCCACUUGUGUGCCAUGAGCUCCUCAUGCUGUAACCCCUUCCUCUACGCAUGGCUACAUGACCGCUUCCGCACCGAGCUACGGAAGAUGUUCAAGUGCCAUCGUCGCAUUGGAGUGCCGGCUAAUAACUGUGGAAGUGUGGUCUUGUAAUUACCUGAUCAUUUGCUAUUAUAUCAGUGUAGGUAGGUUUCUCAUGGAGUGCAAGUGGAGUCUUUAGAUCAAACUGAAAUACAGCCACCAGUAACAUCCACAGAAACUUACAAUACAAUUCAGCCAUUAUUCAUUCAAGAUGGUCAGUUGGCAGGGGGUGGCUCUAAAAGAAAGGUCAACU